AUGGCUGAUCACGGACAUUUCAAAAGAGAAGAUGAUGAUGAAGAUGAUGUCGAGGAGGAGAUUGACGAGACAGACUACAAGGCACAGAAAGAUGCCAUUCUGCUCGCCAUCGAUGUCAGCGCUUCAAUGCUUCAGCGUCCUCAAACUUCUGGCUCUAAGAAGGCAGAUAAGGACAGCGCCGUCGAAGCAGCCUUGAAAUGCGCCUACCACCUCAUGCAGCAGCGCAUCAUCUCGAACCCCCGAGACAUGAUGGGCAUUCUCUUCUUUGGCACUGAGAAAUCCAAGUUCCAGGAGGAAAGUGCUCGGUCUGGCCUAGGGUACCCGCACUGUUACUUGUUCACCGAUCUUGACAUUCCUGCAGCAGAGGAUGUCAAGGCGCUGAAGACGCUAGUUGGCGCCGAUGGCGAAGAGGGCGAGGACGAGGAUGAGGUCUUGGUACCGGCGAAGGACGAAGUGCAGAUGGCCAACGUGUUCUUUUGCGCAAACCAGAUCUUUACAACCAAGGCGGCGAAUUUUGGCAGCAGACGCCUCUUCAUCAUCACAGACAACGACGACCCUCACGCUAAAAAUAAGGACGCUAAAUCCGCAGCGGCUGUUCGAGCGAAGGACCUCUAUGACCUCGGAGUGAUCAUUGAACUGUUUCCCAUUACCAGGGACGACAAGAAAUUUGACCUCGGGAAGUUCUACGACGACAUCGUCUAUCGAGACCAAAUAGCGGAGGCCAACCUCUCAGAGGUACGGAGCUCAAAGUCAGGAGAUGGUCUUUCACUUCUCAACUCUUUGAUAUCCAACAUUAACUCCAAAGAAACCCCGAAACGCGCCUUGUUCUCCAACCUUCCCUUCGAGAUUGCCCCCGGACUGAGGAUAUCGGUCAAAGGCUACAACGUCAUCCACCGACAGACACCAGCCAGAACGUCCUACAUCUACUUGGACAGUGACAGGCCUCAGCUCGCUCAUGGAGAGACGACUCGCAUCGCCGAGGACAGUGCUCGGACGGUAGAGAAAACGGAGUUCAAGAAGGCUUACAAAUUUGGCGGCGAAUUCGUGCAUUUCGCCCCAGAGGAACAAAAGUCUCUCAAGGCCUUCGGUUCUCCCAUCAUCCGAAUCAUCGGCUUCAAGCCACGCUCCAUACUCCCCUUUUGGGCCAGUGUCAAGAAGUCUACCUUCAUCUUCCCCUCUGAAGAGGACUAUGUCGGCUCGACCCGCGUCUUCAGCGCCUUGUGGCAGAAACUUCUCAACGACAAGAAGAUUGGCAUUGCUUGGGCCAUCACUCGCUCCAAUGCCAGCCCUAUACUAGCCGCCGUCAUUCCUUCUCAUGAAAAGUCGGAAGAUGACUCAGGGACUCCGUACCUCCCCGCCGGUCUCUGGCUCUACCCACUCCCCUUCGCCGACGACCUCCGCGAGGGCCCCGAGCCUCCCAGCAACCUCGUCAUUAGCUCCAAUGAGCUCACCGACCGCAUGCGCGUCAUCGUCCAGCAGCUGCAGCUGCCAAAGGCCAUGUUCAACCCGAAGAAGUACCCUAACCCUUCGCUGCAAUGGCAUUACAAGAUUCUUCAGGUACUCGCCCUCGAGGAGGAGUACCCAGAGAAGGCGGAGGACCUUACGGAGCCGAAAUACAAAGCCAUCAGCAAGCGUGCAGGCGGCUAUCUGGAUGAUUGGGCCGAAGUUUUACAAGCCGAGACCAAGACCGCGCUAGCGAAGGCGGCCAUCAAACGCGAUGCGGACGGCGACAAUGACGAGAGGCCCGCCAAGAGGGUUAAAGCGGCGCCGAAGCCUGCAAAGGUUUCUGGCUCUAGUAUGACCACGGCUCAGCUCAAGGCAUCUGUUGAUCACGGCAGUUUCAGCAAGAUGCUGGUGGCGGAUCUAAAGGACAUCCUCGCUGCUAGGGGGCAGAGCACGACAGGGAAGAAGACUGAACUAGUCGAGCGGAUUGAGCAAUGGGUUGAAGACAAUGCCUGA